AUGUCUAGAGCACUAUCCAGAGCGCAACUGAAAUCUGUCAUCAAGAAAAUAUCCCAGUUGUAUCCCGAGAGUUACGCUGAUUCUGCAUGGGAUAACACCGGCUUGCUAAUAGAUUGUUCAGUUGACACCGAGCAAUCUCAUGCCAAAACACAACCAAAGGUGUUGUUGACUAUUGAUUUGACUGAAAGUGUAGCAAAAGAAGCCCUAGCUAAAGAAUGCAAUUUGAUAGUUGCAUACCAUCCGUUUAUUUUCCCUAGUUGGAAGAAAUUAACACCACAUAGCAAUCCACAACAUGCUUCAGCAAUAAAAUUGAUUCAAAGAGGUAUUUCUGUAUAUUCCCCCCAUACAGCUAUUGAUGCAGCUAAGAACGGUGUCAAUGACUGGUUAGUUAGCUCUUUGGGUGGUAGUGUAUCUUCAAGUGUUUCAAUUGAGCGUGUCACUCCUGUUCAAGACGAGGAAGAACAUGAAGUUGGAUACGGUCGUGUAGUCGAUUUGAACGAACCAUUAUCACUAAAAGACAUCGUAAACAACGUGAAGGAUACACUGGAUUUAUCAUUUGUUCAGGUCGCUACUAAGAAUGAAUUGUCCGACCAUAAAAUCAAGAAAGUCGCUUUAUGUGCAGGCAGUGGAUCUGGCGUCUUCAAAAGUUUACGUGAAGACGUUGAUUUGUAUUACACAGGUGAAUUAUCACAUCAUGAAGUAUUGCGAUACAAAGAAUCAGGGAAAGCGGUCAUUGUCUGUAAUCAUUCCAAUACUGAAAGAGGAUUUCUGCGUAAAGUUAUGCAUCCUUCAUUAACGAAAUCAGGCAUCGACUGCAUUGUUUCGGAAACUGACAUCGAUCCAUUGCAAGUUAUAUAA